CUUACGCAAGGAGCUAAUACCUGUUAAGAUAAUAAUGGUCACCUGGAUCACAAAUGAGCUGGCGCUAAUACCCUGAAGGCGUUCAUUGAUGCAUCGCUAAGGACGACCAUGAGUGCAUGUCUGCGCUCCUCACCAGCAGCAGAUAUCCUUUUACUUAAACAUGAGCCUGGAGGAAUCAUCACACACCACUGACUUUUCUGCAGACACAUGCAGUCUUGGAUGAAGCCCAGCCAGAAAAGCGUUUUUACCAGAGACACUGGAUCCUGGGUGGUGUUUGGUCAUGGUAGAAUACUAAGUGUCUUUAUUUAAAAAUGAGAUUUGGUCAAGCAUCUCCAUAGUUUCAAAAAUAUAUUAGAAAACAAUAUUUAUCAUACCAUCGUGCAAAAUUGGUUGUAUUUGGGAAAAUUAAUUGGAAAUAGUAUUCAAACUUUAUGUGGAGCAACAGUAUUCUAUAAUAUUGGGCCAAUCACAAGUCAAAUUCCACGAUUCUUGGAUAUCCUGCUGCCUGGAUGAGUGAAGGAAGGGUUUCCAAACACAAACCAUGGAUAACUCCUUUCAUCCUGCCUGGAAGGAGAUGACAAAUGGAGGGGGGCGCCCCCAUUUUAACAAUGGAGGACAGAAUGGGGGCUCCCACAGCACCAUGCGCUACAUGGUGAAGAAACAGAACCGCCGAAGACACAGAUCCUCCUCACCUAUGGGGCGGGUCAUCCUCAUCAAUGCCCCUGCCGAUGGAGGGGAUGACAGUGAAGACAUUCACACAGUGACGGUAGACAAGAGCUCAGACGGGCGUCUGGGUUUCAGUGUCCGAGGUGGUUCUGAACAUGGCCUGGGCAUCUUUGUGAGCAAAGUGGACGAUGAUAGCUCUGCAGCUCAGGCUGGACUGACUGUUGGCGAUAAGCUAGUGGAGGUCAACGGGGUCAGCCUGGAGAGCAUCACCAUGAGCAGCGCGGUGAAGGUCCUGACGGGCAACAACCGGCUGAGAAUGGUGGUGAGGCGCGUGGGUAAGAUCCCCGGCAUCCGCUACUCCAAGGAGAAGACCACAUGGGUGGAUCUGAUUCAUCGGCGUAUGGUGGUUGAGGAGGGAAGUGGCGCACCAUCGGAGGCCAGCGUCGACUGCGCCCUUCGCAGGAUCGUCCACCUCUUCACCACGUCGGACGACUACUGUCUGGGAUUCAACAUCAGAGGUGGCAAAGAGUUUGGCCUGGGAAUCUAUGUUUCCAAGCUGGACCCGGGUGGUCUCGCAGAGCAGCACGGCAUCAAAAUGGGCGAUCAAAUCCUUGCAGCCAAUGGGGUGAGCUUUGAUGACAUCACCCACAGCAACGCAGUGGAGGUCCUGAAGAGCCACACUCAUGUCAUGUUGACCAUCAGGGAAGUUGGGAGAUACCCGGCAUACAAGGAGAUGGUGGCUGAGUAUGGCUGGCUCGACAAACUAGCAAACGAAGGGCCUCCACCAUCCUCACACGCCUCAGACUCCAACUCCUCCGUGUCUUCCCUGUCCUCCAGCACCCCUCUCAGCUCCCUCAGUGGUCUCUCCCAGGUUCUUUUCCCCCCAAUCUUCCACACUGAGAUGGUCGAUGUCGCCAUCUCCACAGAAGACCGCACCCAGCGUCCCGCCAGCUCUGAGCGAACAGCUGACACGGCCAUACAGACUGACCUCCAAGUUCCAAACUACCUGGACCACCCGUCCCCCAACAGGUCGUUCUCUGACAGGCCGGGCAGCGCAGACACCAGUCGGACUGUGGGUGAAACGCUGCUGUUGAAAGACACGGUCAUACGGGGGAAAGGUGAGGGGCCGAGGGAGAUGGGAGGAGCCAGGGAGGGAGGACGACACAGGGGGAGGGCGUUGUCCACCGGGGACCGGGAAGGUGAGAAACGCUCACCUAAGACGGAAGCGCUGAUGGCGCUGAGCAAACCGCGAAAGCCAAUCAGACGCUCCCAGAGCCACAUCACGCUGUCAGAGGACAGAAAUAAGAAGAAAAAGAAGCAACAGAAGGAAAAGGUGCCAUCCGAGGGUAAAACCAACCUGCAACGAUCCAAAACCUUUGUCAACCUAUUGUUCAGGAAAGACCACAAAGAGAAGAAAUCCCAGAGUCAGCAUCCUGGUAAAGAGAAAGAGCGAAGUCGUCCAUUCCAGCUCUUCACCUCCCCGAGAGAAUCGCGUGUCGGCAGCCCGCUGCUUCGACCCGAGACCCUGCAGCAUGUGGAGGACAUGGCCAAGAAACUGCUCAGCCCGGAUGAGGUGGCGGCUGUGAUGAGACAUUGUCAGCGUUUUUUGUCGGAUAAUGUGAUCGAGGAUUUGGUGCGCCCCCUUCUGGCAAUUUUGGACAGACCAGAGAAGCUGCUGCUUCUCAGAGAAAUAAGAAUGCUGAUCCCCACAACUGAGCUGUGCCAUUUUGACAACAUGGUCAUGCCUUUUGAGCUGGAGGCUUAUGACAUCCUGAAGAAUCGCUCUAGUGAGAAGAAGAUGCGCUCUCCAGCUCUGCGCUCCCCUCGCAGUGGAACUCCUCGACGUCACCUCAUCACACCUGUUCCAGACAACAGAGGUGGGUUUCAACUCCAGUCGGUCCAAAACACCCUGCAGGAGCGUCUGCUGAUCGAGGAGUUUGACAGACUUCGUCUGGCCAGUCAACAGUCAGGCCACCUGCCACCAUCCCGUGCCUUCACCCCACUCCUAGACGUACCUGUGGACAGCUUUGCAUCCAACAUCACACGCUCCCGCUCCCCCUCACCCAGUCACGGCUUCCUCCUGCCCGAGUCACCGUUCAGCACCCAACACGGGCGCCACCGUCUGCCUUCUCCAAGCAGGAGGGAGAACGGGACGCAAAGGUACGACGCCGUCUCCCAGCUGUCUGUGUCUGAGCUGGAGGACGCCGCUCUUGAGCGGGGAAGGUCACCUGUGAGGAACGGCCGGGGAAGACUGAGGAGAGAGGAGAGUCCUGACAGCAUAGAUGCCAGGAGAAGUAGACAGGUGGGGUACACUGAAGUAAGUGUGCGGGUCCCAUCACAGCGCAGAGAGAGAACCCCUCUGGCGGAUGUAUUUGACCCCCAAAGACAGAAGAGCCCAAGCAGAGGCACAUGGAGCACACAGGAGAUGAAUGGACAUUAUGAAAACGGUCACACAGUCAAAACAAAACCAGCCCUGCCAGUGGAGGAAUAUGAAAUCUCAACUGUGACCAUCUCAAAGGCCAAGCCGUCGCUGGGUAUUAGCAUAUCCGGAGGUAUCGAAUCAAAGGUCCAACCCAUGAUUAAAAUUGAGAAGAUAUUCCCAGGAGGAGCUGCAUCUACCAACGAGGCUCUGAAAGCAGGCUACGAGUUGUUGUCUGUGGAUGGCCAAAGUCUGCAGGGAGUCACUCAUCUGCACGCUGUGGACGUUAUUCGUCGUGCAUUCAGCAACAAGGCCAAAGAUCCUAUGGUUUUUGUGGUCAAAGUCCCUCAGAUUACCAACAAGAUCCAUCAAUACAUCUGCUGAAAGACGACAAAAUCUUCACUGACAGACAUUACAAAAAAAAAUCCCUUUCGGAAAAGAAAGAUCUAAACAAAGCUGUGCAUCCUUUAGGAGGCGUCUGUGCAUUUUCCAAGGAGUGUUCUAAGAUAAGAUUUUGAUAAAGUGUGCCACGGUCCAACACACCAGAGCCGUGCUGUGACCUCUGAGCUCUGUUUGACAGUGGAGCCACUUCUCAGCCCAACAGCUCCGCGGGACUGCCAGAAGAUUACCCCAUCCUGUUAAAUGAGAUUUUUUAUUUUUGAUUUAUACCCAGAUUAAGCCCCUGUAUUAUGUCAAAAAUAGAUAGCCAGGUUUUAGAGGAUGUCUGAAGGGAUUAAUACAAAUUGCUGCUCAGUAUUUUUGUGUUGCAUUUGUUCUGGCAGAAGUACUUGGGCUCUGAAGCAAUCCGCCACUUUAAAAGCUUAAUUACACCAGGCUGUGGGCUGAGAUUAUGCAGACAUGUGGAGGAGUUGGAAAAACAUGUCAGUGAGAAAUGCAGGACAUGAAGGCCCAUGCCAGAGUUGAAAUCAGUGUCAGCUAGAGUGGAUAAGGGCAGGAGAAUGAGUCUGUAGUGCCUUACUUCUGUGGAAGAACAGACAAAGUGUUAACUAUAACCUUCCUAUAGAGUUUUCAAAGCACCACAUGCUGGUAAAGUUACUAGAAUUUUCUAUGAUUUUUACACAUGUAUAUCCCAGAACUUAAUCUUAGAAAAACAACAAAAAAAA